AGGUCACCCCGGUCUCCCUGCUCCUCUCUAUCGGUCUCACGCUCUCCAGCUGUUAAACUGAAUUUCAGAAACUUUAACUGAAACCUUCAAGAGGAACUUUGAAAUUAACAAAAAAAAAAGUAUAUAUAUAUAUAUAUAUAUAUAUAUAUAUAUGUAUAUAUUCUUUUUACUGGAUUUCCUUCCGUUUUCUCCCGUGGGGAAAGAGUUGAGUGUAUUUUUAGACCUGCUGUGAUUAAGUUUAACUACACUUGCUGUGCACUUUUAGCUGCCUGGGUUUGAGCGUUGCCUCCAUCGUCUUUUUCUCACAAUCAACUGGGGCCAAGAGGAUUUAACGAAGGAGCUACUUGUGCAUUUCUAUGGUAACGAAGCCUUUGAAGGAUUGAAGGUUAUCACUGAACACCCAGCUAACUCCGAAGCUCUCUUCACCAAUGAGCAGUCAAACCCACAGCGAGGGGGCGGCCCCUCCAGCUCGGACCAAUACGAAGACAUUUUUGGAUGAUGUCAUUUUGACCUUUAGUUCACCGAUGGCCUGGCUGCUGGUCGUGGCUCUGAUCCUCACAUGGUCGGGCGUCGCCAUCGUUCUCUUUGAUUUGCUUGACUACAAAACUCUGUCAGAGUACACAUCACACUGCGACGACUCCGUGUGUUUAUCUCAUGCAUGUCCUCCGCGUCAGCCGAGAUACAGUCUCCCUCCUCCUUCUGCCAUCGCCAAGAGAGGUCUGAAGGCUCGAGGUGGUUUUCGUGCAAUCAAAUCAAGCCCUGCUGGAGUCCCUGCUGAUGUCACAGCUCAGGAGAGCUCUGAUUGGUUGGAGAUAAUAUGGACUUUUGUAGCCAGUUUGGUAGCUCCUGAUGAGGAGGAGGAAGGUAUUCACCAGCUAACUGAAACCCUCACAUCUUUCCACUCUGAGGAGCUCUGAACAAGAGGAGUGUGAGAGAGGAUGUGAAUGGAUGAAUAUGAAGAGCCGGAGAAGAAGAGAGAGGACAAAAAGAGACAAGUGUCAGACUGAAGUGGAAGAGAGGAUGUAUAGUUUAUCAUAUUAAUGUUUCUUUGUACUUGUCUGUUGUUAACUAGAAUAUGAUGAAUAAAAACUGACAAUGUGAAACCUU